GCUUAGUUCAGUUCACACAUGCGCCACCAAACCUCAACGGCAUAGUCACCGCCCACUGUAGUCUUCGGCGUCGCCACGACUACAGGAAAGCUGACUGACCAUGUCUCCAUUGCUGGUGCCCGCCACCGUAUCCCCUCGUGACAACGACGACUUGAACGAUGACGGCGACAUUUACAGAGGCCCAUUACCUUCUCCGUCGCCGAGGCCAGAAUCCAUUAUGUCCUUGUCGUCCUCGUCAUCCGGCUCAAGUUUUGGUGCCGCUCGGCUGGGCACAAUCGCAGCGGUCGUAGAACAUGCAAUUUCUCGCUGGGCCCGGGGCGGAGUCAGUAGCUCAUCUUCCUCCACGACUUCUUCCUCGUCCAAGUCUUCAAUAGUCACCCUUUCACGCUCGCAGAUGGCUCGGCGGCGUAGGCGUCGUCAGAGCAUGGGCAACCUCCAUAGCGACCAGUCCGAGCGGGACAUUGCGGCACGAAUAAGCUUGAUCAAAGCCCGGGAGGAGUCGAGGCUCGUUCCACGCCAGUUUGCCCUAUACUUGUCUCCUGCGUAUCGCAUCUUCGUGCAAGAUGAUGGCCAGGACGGCUCUCAGCAAACACAGAAAUUCACCCUCACUUCCUCGUUAUCAUCUGUCCUCAGUCAACUCGAUACGGCCUUGAAGAAGGCUUCAAAAGCUCGGCGAUACCAAGAACGAGCUCGUCUUACGAGGGCACUUGAUAUACCUUCAUCUCGUCAGGGCGUCAUGCUUCCUGAAAGCACCAUCCCCAAUCGUCCGGCUUCCUUCCCCGACCUCAAAGAAGUUCGAAAACCGAGAAAGGGGAAACAGCGGGAGCCACCAAUGACAUCGACAAGCAUUGUUAACGACCCUUCUCCCAAAACCUGGUUCCUCGACGUCGCCUCCCCAACUUCUGCUGACAUGCAUGACAUCGGCAAGCUGCUUCAUCUCCAUCCACUGACUCUGGAAAACAUUUUACACCAGGAUCCAAGAGAGAAGCUCGAACUCUUCCCCAAACUCGGCUAUUACUUCAUUUCCUUCAGAGCGAUUGAAAGCGUGGUUAUUCGAGAUGGCGGCCUCCAUAAAAGACUUGAUCAAAGCACAGAAAUUGGAUACAGUCGGCCUGAAGAAGGAGUAUUAGGGGAGGCCAAUGUUUACAUUGUUGUGUUCAAUGAAGGUGUCUGUACAUUCCAUUUCACAGACAUAUCCGAGCACAUCAAUCGCGUUAGAAAUCGUCUGUUCAUGUUGGAAGAAGUCCGUAGUCUGUCUUCGGCUUGGAUUGCUCACGGUCUGCUGGAUUCGAUCGUCGAUUCUUUUUCCCCCUUUUUGGAAGAGAUUGAAAAGGAAGUGGUCGCGAUUGAAGAACUUGUUUUCUCUUUACAUCCUGGAGCUCGCCACAAUUCCCAUCGACCACUGAUAGAACAGGUCAACAUUGCGAUAUCACCCUCUGUGACGAUACAUAGCUUCGACAAAGAAAAGGAAGAAUUCUCCGAAAAACCACUACAACCGAAAGAUGUCAGCCUCCGAACUAGAUUUUCUCUUCCUCAUCAACCGCUUCCCAUCAUGUUUAGAAGGAUAAAGCGUCUUUUCAAACAGAAUCGAAUAGCUUCUGCGCCAGAAACCUCUACCUCCACGAGUCCUACUGCUUCGACCUUGCGCCGUAUGGCUACAACUCGACGCCUCGUCACCUCGUUGACACGCUUAUUGGCAUCCAAGGCCGACGUGGUGUUGCAGAUACGAAAGCGAUUGUUGUCUGGACAGGACAAGAAGGCAGAGGAUGGUGAAAUCGCUAUUUACAUGGGAGAUAUCCAGGAUCACAUUCUCACUUUGCAGCAUUCGUUAGCGCAUUAUGAGCGUGUGCUUAGCCAAUCCCAUCCCAUCUACCUCUCCCAGCUGCGUGCAUCAAUCGCUCUCACCAAAUCAGGCACGGAUAAAUCUCUCAUCAUCGUGACAAUCGUCAGUGUCGGGUCCCUAUGUCUCCAACCAUUGAUCGGUGUUGCGUCAAUGAAUGUCACCAUCCUAGCAAACGGCCUGUUUCCAGGUUAUCCGUUUCAUGGGUUUGGGAUUGUUCUUAGUCUAUCGACAGUGAUCAUAACUGUUUAUUUAUCAAUGGUUCGGAGGUGGUGGAUACAAGCAAAGAGGCGGCGCGCGAAGUACUGAAGGUAACGAUAUUCUAAUAAUGAUAUUAAGUAUUUUUAUUAGGUGGUAUAAAUAAUAAGUAGCCUGGUACUUUAUCAUGCACAUCCGUCGUACACUUACUGUACCAGUAGCUGGCCAAUUGAAUGGACCUAACUAGUUACCUUCACACCGUGUAUAGGAAAUUAGGCAGUUUAACUUUAAUAUUUAUUAUGUGGACGGCGAUGAAGUGAAUACCUCACCUUU